AUGGCUCGAACAACCAUGUCCCCAGGCAGUCAUUGGCCUAGAACCAGCACGCUGCGAGGAUGUCGAACCAAUCGUCUUCUUCGAAUGUUCCUCCUGUUCGGCCAGACUUUGAUUGGACUUUCAGUUCUAUCUACUCCGUUGCAGGCCUUUGCUUUUGGCAGCCUUGGCACCAAUUCAGCGGUUCGCAGUAGCAGUUUACGACUCCUCGAACCGCGCGCCUCCCGUGAGGGCCAACCGGUCGUCGCCGUCAACCCCACCAACCCCGACAAUAGUGUCUUCGUGUCGACACGCUUCCAUCCUCUACCUGAACUUGAGCCCGUUGGGGGUUGCUUUCUGACCUAUACGCUCGACCGCGGAACCACCUGGAAUAACGUCACAGCGGAUUUCCCCUUAGGUGCCGCCCCGAAGUGCGGCGAGCAACAGGUCUUUGUCGACGCGAAUGGGACAUUUUUUCUCCUCAACAACCAGGUCUUCUCCGGCUUGGAAGAUAAUAUUGCCGCUCAUCCCCAGUUGUCCAAGUCCAUUGACCGAGGCAAAACGUGGAGUGUUCCAUCUGUGACACCGCUUCAUAUGCAAGGUGCGACAAAGCUGCGGGUCGACGUGGCUACGGGAAAGGUGUACGCAAAUGGUGCAUCGUCUUGGGUAUACCUAGCAGCUGUGUCUGUCAGCUCAGACGGAGGCGAGACCUGGGCUGUUUUCAAUCAAAUCCCCGGUCCCGUGGACGUCUGCCUGAACUAUCAGAUUCCAGACCUGCCUCCAAUCUGUGGAUUUCCCGGCAGAUCCAUUGCAGUUCACGACGGCAUUCUGGCUUCGGCUGCGGAGGGCUCGAACGGACACCCAGAGAUGUACGUGAGCCAUGACGAAGGCGUGACAUGGGAGACAUUUCCCUUGACUGACGGCCGAGGCAACUUCGUGGCAAACGGCACCGACCCGAUGCUGGCCAAGUCUGGCAUUAGUCUUCCUAGUGAUCCAACACCGUGGGUAUCCACAGACCCUACCUCAACAGGUCGUUUCGCGCCUAUGGUUCUACGCGACUUCACGCUAGAAGUUUACAUCAUAAAUACCGUAAGUGAAAAGUUUACAGGUCUAGCCGGUAUUUAG